GCAAUCGGAACCGACCUUCCCUGGACUGUCAGGCCCGUCACAGUAUUAUUUCACUUGUUCUAGCGGCGCGACCUCAGCUUUCUAGGGUUUUAGCGAAGAGGAUUUACCCGUUGCGGCUUGCCUGCGUUUCUCCGUUCCUCUAGAUUUUCGGAUCGUCCAAAUGGCGGUGGAGCGUUUGCUUAAAGAUGAGGCCACAGAAGAGAAGGGAGAGAGGGCCAGGAUGGCAUCAUUUGUUGGUGCCAUGGCCAUUGCUGAUUUAGUGAAGACUACUUUAGGGCCAAAGGGAAUGGACAAAAUCCUGCAAUCAACUGGGAGAGGUCGGAGUGUUACUGUCACUAAUGAUGGAGCAACUAUAUUGAAAUCUCUUCACAUUGAUAAUCCUGCUGCUAAGGUUCUUGUUGAUAUCUCUAAAGUUCAAGAUGAUGAGGUUGGUGAUGGAACAACUUCUGUUGUUGUUUUGGCUGGGGAACUUCUUAGGGAGGCAGAGAAAUUGACAAAUGCAAAGGUCCAUCCAAUGACUAUAAUUGCAGGUUAUAGAAUGGCGGCUGAGUGUGCACGGAAUGCAUUGUUGCAAAAGGUUUUGGACAACAAAGAUGAUCCAGAGAAGUUCAAGUCAGAUUUGAUGAACAUUGCAAUGACAACAUUGAGUUCGAAAAUACUUUCGCAGGACAAGGAACAUUUUGCGAAGCUAGCAGUUGAUGCUGUUCUGAGACUUAAGGGUAGUACAAACCUGGAGGCUAUCCAAAUUAUCAAGAAGGCUGGAGGAUCCUUGCUAGAUUCAUUUUUGGAUGAAGGGUUCAUUCUUGACAAAAAGAUAGGUAUCGGCCAACCAAAACGCAUUGAGAAUGCUAAAAUAUUAGUGGCAAACACUGCUAUGGACACUGACAAAGUGAAAAUUUAUGGGGCUCGAGUGCGAGUUGACUCGAUGGCUAAGGUUGCUGAGAUUGAGGGUGCCGAGAAAGAUAAAAUGAGAGAAAAGGUUCAAAAGAUUAUUGCGCAUGGAAUCAACUGUUUCAUUAACCGGCAGUUAAUCUAUAACUUUCCUGAAGAGCUUUUUGCUGAUGCGGGGAUACUUGCAAUUGAGCAUGCCGACUUUGAAGGGAUUGAGCGUCUUGCUCUUGUGACUGGUGGCGAAAUUGCUUCUACCUUUGAUAAUCCAGAGUCCGUGAAACUUGGACAUUGCAAGCUCAUUGAAGAAAUAAUGAUUGGUGAAGACAAGUUGAUUCACUUCUCUGGGGUUGAAAUGGGCCAGGCAUGUACAAUAGUGUUACGAGGGGCCAGCCAUCAUGUUCUGGAUGAAGCUGAAAGGUCCCUUCAUGAUGCUCUGUGUGUGCUGUCCCAAACUGUGAAUGACAGUCGAGUAUUGCUUGGGGGUGGUUGGCCAGAGAUGGUGAUGGCCAAAGAUGUUGAUGAUCUUGCUCGUAGAACUCCUGGUAAGAAGUCUCUUGCCAUUGAGGCUUUCUCCCGUGCACUCCUCGCCAUACCAACCAUCAUAGCUGAUAAUGCUGGACUAGAUAGUGCCGAGCUUAUUUCCCAGCUCAGGGCAGAGCACCACAAAGAGAAGAGCAAUGCCGGAAUUGAUGUUAUAUCUGGAUCUGUUGGUGACAUGGAGAAAUUAGGCAUAUCAGAGUCCUUCAAGGUUAAGCAGGCGGUCUUAUUGUCUGCUACUGAGGCUUCUGAGAUGAUUCUCAGAGUUGAUCAGAUUAUUACCUGUGCUCCUCGCAGAAGAGAAGAAAGAAUGUGAACUUCUAUCUCUUCUAUUUUCUGGUUUGUAUUUGCCACUAUGGAUUGUUAGUUACUUUCCUGUGAUGAUUUUUGUAUGAUGGUGAAUUUUGUUUUGUGAAGGCUCCACAUUUUUAAUCUGAAUGAGACUUCUUAGGUUUUUACUUUGUUCUGUUUGUGAUUGUUGGAGAAAUAUUUUGAAAAAAAAAAAAAA